UUAGGAUUGUUUGAGAGUGUGGCGUGCGAGAGACACGUGCUGUGUUUAUUAUUUCAGGACUGACUUCUAUGAUGAUUUCUCUAGACAUAUUGUAACUGCAAAUUAUUGCAAUGGCUUAUUCACCUAGUUUGUAGGGAAGCCAGUUUGAAACCUCUUCUACACGGCAGACAACAAGAUAUGAUCUGUGGAUAUAUUGUCUCAGGACUAUGAGCUAUCAAGUGUCCUGAAGGAUGACAAGGUAGCUAGGAUUGGCAGGACCUUGUUGUGGAGACAAGACUUGGUGCAAGAUUGUGGAGUUUGUGGAUUUGAGGUGUUCACCUUCCUUGAGCGUAACGAGUGGCGAUAAGGAUGAGGAACAACGUGGCCUGGCUGUCAUGUCUGCAGCUGCUGUGGGCCGUGUCUACACUCAAGGCAUAUCCAUUCACACCUCCUCUAGACCUGGAUGUUACUCCUAGAACUACUGUCCCUUACAAUGAGUUGUGGAAGUGCAGACGUUUCAGUGGCUCUGCUGUGAACUACAGUACCCUACUGCUAGAGGACGAGUCAGGUUUGCUGUAUGUAGGAGCUAGAGGAGCGUUGUAUGCCUUACAGGCCUCCAAUAUCUCCAGCUCCAGUCACACAAUUGACUGGGAGGCCCCUGAAGACCAGAAGCAGCUCUGUCUGAAGAAAGGCAAAGACAACAAGACUGAAUGUUUUAACCACAUCCGAUUCCUGCAGAGAUUUAACAGCACCCACUUAUAUACUUGUGGAACUCAUGCCUUUAGCCCACAGUGUGCAUAUAUUGAUUGUAGGGAGUUUAAAUUGUCUUCUGUGUUCGAGGAGGGUCGAGAAAGGUGCCCUUAUGACCCUGCUAAAGGCUACACAGGCCUACUUAUUGAUGGUCAAAUGUACACGGCUUCCCAGUACGAGUUCUGGAGUUCUCCAGACAUUCGUAGGAACUCUCCAAACCCCACGCUGAGAACAGAGGAAGCCCCCACUCGCUGGCUUUAUGAGGCUGAUUUUGUCCAGUCAGCGCUGAUGAAGGAGAGUGUGAAUAGCUCUGUCGGAGAUGACGAUAAGAUCUAUUUCUUCUUCACGGAGAAGAGUCAGGAGCACAGUCUGUACUCCGGCUACAGCAGGGUGGCCCGAGUGGCCCGUGUGUGUAAGAGCGACAGAGGUGGUCUCCUGACCCUACAAAAGAAGUGGACAUCCUUCCUGAAGGCUCGGCUGGUCUGCUCGCUCCCCGACUACGAGUUCCAUUUCAAUGUUUUACGCAGCAUGUUUGUGCUGGAGGGCCCCAGGACUGAGGACACUAUGCUAUAUGGCAUCUUUGGCCUGGAAUGGAAAAACGUCAAAGCCUCGGCCAUCUGCCGCUAUUCAAUCAAAGACAUCCAGCAGAUUUUUGAAGGGCCUUACAUGGAAAACCAGGAGGACGCUGGCGCCAAAUUGACUGAGUACACAGGGAAGGUGCCUGAUCCAAGACCUGGCUCGUGCAUCACAGAUCAACUCAGAAAAAAAGGCAUCAAGCUGUCCACUGACCUGCCAGACGACGUGCUGCAUUUCGUACGACGACAUCCAUUAAUGUCUCGACAGGUCCUUCCUCUAGGACAACGCCCCCUGGUGUUUCAAAGGACCGUGGACUACUCUAAAAUAGUGGUGCACAAAGUGACAGCUCUAGAUGGCCAGUCAUAUCACAUGCUCUUCAUUGGGACCGAUGAAGGUUGGCUCCAAAGAGCAGUAGAAGUUAAAGGUCAGCUUCACAUUAUUGAAGAGCUGCAGCUGUUUGAGGAACCACAGCCUGUGAACAGUAUAGUCAUCUCUCAGAAGCAGAUGAGUGUGUAUGUGGGCUCACCCUCUGGUGUCGUGCAGCUGCCCUUGUCCACAUGUCACAGAUAUAUGUCCUGCUUUGAUUGCGUGUUAGCACGGGAUCCUUUCUGUGCCUGGGAUGGGGCUGAAUGUGUGGACAUCACCUCACACACAGACAGAUCCAAUCUUACUCAAGACAUCCUUAAUGGGAAUGAAGUCUGUGCGAAAUCUGCAGCAGAUGACCUGGUGCAACAUCGUGUUCGCUCCGUGAUGGCAGGGGACGAUGUGCUCCUGCAAUGUGAGCUCGGCUCUAAUCUUGCAACCCCACAGUGGAUGAGGAACACAGAACAGCUGAAGGACUAUGGGCUGAACUCAGGCUAUCGCAUUGGCACUGAUGGCUUGCUGGUGAUUGAGGCAAGACUAGAGCAGAGUGGCAACUACAGCUGCUUCGCUCUGGAGAAUGGCAUGCAAAUGCACAUAGUGUUAUACACUUUGAUUGUGCACCGUUACCUUCCACCACCACCUCACUCGACACUCCAUCCCAACUCCAAUGGCAGCAAUCCAUCACCACAGCUGCCCUUUCCCCUCCCUCCACAGUUCCAGUCUGUGAGGAACAUGGAGGCCAUGUAUAUCUCUCUGAUCACCAUCCUUGGUGGAUUGUGUCUGGUCCUGACUGUAGUACUUCUGUACGUGGGUUUCUGUGUGCAGAGCAAACGGGGGAAGUACUCUCUCCGAGCAGCAGCUCAAGCUGACAGAAAGAGGAAAAAAAAUGACCGCAUGGAGCUGAAGACUAUCUCCAGCCACUGUAACGGGAAAGCAAAAACACAAGAUGGACUACUGCAGAUUGUUCCUGGAGAGGCCCAGGUUUCCUCCAAUAAAGAGCUCCCUCCUGCACCACCACUUCCACCACCUCCACCAAACUCCGAGUUAGACUACACCAAUGGUUUCUCAGCCACACUGCCCAGCGUCUUACGCAAAAUGAAUGGCAACAGUUACGUGUUACUCAGACAAACUGAUGGAGACACCACGUCUCCAAUGUACUACUCUUUUACCGAGGAACUCAACCGGAUUCUGGAAAAGAGGAAGCACACCACACAACUGUGUAGCAAACCUGAUGAAAGUUCAGUAUAACACUUAAGAAAGGAAAUGUCUAACAUGUCAGAAAGGAAUUGUUGCAGCUACAGCCUAUAUUGCGUACAGACUGAAACAGAAAAUAGGCUGACUGAUGAAAGUUUGUUUUAUAUUUUCCUGUCUAGUGACAUUUUUUUUUAAUUGUCUCUUAUUUUGAAGAGAAUGGAUUCAGUGAACAUGAAAAACAAGAACAGAACAAAAGUAGUGACACAAACACAUAAUGCAUAAUCUACCUCGGAAGAGUGUUGCUAUAAUAAUAGCACUGUGUUCCACUGGGAGUGUGAGAUGGGAGGUGGCAAGGAACAGCAGGUACACAAGUCUGCCUGUGGGGUGAAAGCAAGGAUGCUUCACAUAAAACGCAGAGGAAAAGGUCGGGACAUGGACAUGAAUGGAUGGACAUUAUGGAAUGAUUUGAUCCAUUGGUUAAAGAAACUGCUGGCUGGAGUCUUAAUAAUUUCAGAAAUUUGUGGAUGUGGCCGCUUUGGAGCAAUACUGCUGAACUGCACUAUAUGUUGAUAUUUUCUAUUGGGAUAAUCUGCUAUUUAUGUCACCACUCACUACACUGAUGACUCAACUAACUGCAUUUAAUGCACAAGUGAACACUGAGAGACAUUAACAUUAUGACUUCAGCUUUUAUAUCUUUUGAUUUUUGAGGUAAAACAUGAAAGUGAUUAGUAUUAACUAAUGGGAUGCACCUUAAAAGCAAAAGGUAUUUGUUAUAAAUGUUGCCUGUUCUCCGAGAGCUAGGCCGAGCUGUGAGGAUCAGAAUAGAAAUCCUGGUUUUGUAAUAUAAAUGGAGGAUUCUUCAAAAAUCAACACCGUUGCUCGGCCAGAUGCUUUACUAACCACUAAAUGAACAUGUUUUUUAAAGAAGACUCUAAUAAGUCAUUUCACAAUUCAUAACCCAGACAAAAUGAAUUGUAAACAGUAAACAGUCAUUUUCCUCUG